GAGACAAAAAAGUAGUCUCCGUCAUGAGCACAGUGCACACUGCAAGCAUGGAGACUUUCAAAGAUUCUAAAGGGCGAGACGUCACAAAGCCCAGCAUCGUGCGUGAUUAUAAUCACACGAUGGGCGGUGUGGACAAGUCAGAUCAGAUGCUGUCCGACUACCCUGUCCCUAGAAAACAGCAGAAGAUCUACUACAAGAAGAUCUUUAGACACUUGGGGCGCGAUCUUAUUGCGCCCUUGAUCGAUGAAGCGACGUUUAACUCUUUUGUCUUGUACCAAAUAGACGGAGGGAAGAUGAGCCACCUUGACUACCGCCUCGCCCUAAUUGAGGCGAUCCUGACUAGGUACCUUGAUCCUUCAAAAAAGACAAAGCGCAGCCGACCGUCUGAUGUGCUUGACGCUGUGCGUCUCAAGGAACGGCACUUUGCUUCUUACAUCCCGCCAAGCGACACCACAGCAGCGCCAACAAGAAAAUGCUUCAUUUGCUGUCGGAAGCGAGGAGAAAACGGGAAAAAGUUGAGAAAAGAAACUCGCUUUUGGUGCAGGAGCUGCAACAAGCCGCUUUGCGUUAUUCCAUGUUUCGAAAUUUUCCACACAGUCCCGAAGCUUCUCGAGUGAAAUAGCCCAAGGGUACUUAGCCUACACAAGGGAACAAAGAUGUG